AUGGCUCCGCCAACGCCCGUGCUCACCAGGGAGCAGCUCGAGCGCCAGAUCAGCUUCCCCAGCGCCGACGGCUGCCAGCUCAAGUCGCUGACCCAGUUCCAAUGCCAGAUUUUUCCGCCGGGCAGCGGCGAAUACCUCUGCAUCCCAUUCAAGAGACUCUUUGAAGAGUGUGUAGUCGCUGCAGGAGCCUCCAAGAACACUCCCAGCAGGUUCGAGGUUACUUCACCACUCACCAACUCCUAG